CACGCUUUUGUCUUUAUUAUCCCUCGUAACUGCCCGCCUUGCAACCAAUCCGCUCAAACAAGCACCCUGACUGACGCAUUCUUACUCAUUCUAGCCUGGGUUUCAACUUCAAGGAGCUUCAGCGCCCCUCACUCCCUUGCCCCGAAAGCUGGUUAAACUAUGCACCUUUUCUCCCCUUUUCAAAUGCCCUUUCCAGAUAUUUUUAUGGAAUUCAGUGCCAUUUUCUGCCGCUGUUCUCACCACAUUCAUUCAUCAUGUUGAGUUUUAAAAGUACUAGCUUCUGUCGAUUUCUCCAACUGAACUCUGAAAUCUUUGAGGUCAGGGAGCUUGCCUCAUUCUAUUUUGUAUUCCCAGUACGUGACGCAUGGCUGGAUACACCAGAAGUUGUCCGACCAAGUUUGUGGGUAUUAAGAGUGGUCAAAGACGCUGGGGAGGGCAGUGCUGGGAGAAGGGCAGCGCGUGUCUUGGCGACCCCAGCGCAGGUCGAACUACUCCGGAGUCUGGUGUGGAGCCGAGAGGGAGGCCCGCACUUUUCUCCCGGCGGAGCUGCGCUGAGUCUGAAAUAGGUGUACGCGUCAGCGGGGCAGGAAACGAAAAGACAGUGCGGUAAUUGGUGGAAAGCUGGAAGUGGGCACCUCGAGGGGCUCAGCCGCACGAACACACUCACUCAGGGAAAGCGAACUACACCAGGACCUCUCAUCGCCCGCCGGAUCGGUUCUCCCAGAGCGCGCGGCCGCUUAUAUGGGCGUGGUCCUGCGUGGCCUGCCGGGGCGUCACGUGACGCCCAGAGUCAUGUGACCGCCAUCUGGACGGUGCUCCACGGGCGCUGCUUCCUGCCGGGGUUUGGAGUUGUCACCGCUUUCCCCUCUCAGUCUCCUGCGGGCGCAAUGGAGGAGGAGGAUGAGGAAGCGCGGGCGCUCCUGGCAGGCGGCCCUGACGAGGUCGACAGCGGUGCCCCCGCCGCCCCCGGGGCCCUGCCGGCCCUCUGCGACCCCAGUCGCCUGGCGCACCGGCUUUUGGUGCUGUUACUGAUGUGCUUCCUUGGCUUCGGCAGCUAUUUUUGCUAUGAUAAUCCUGCUGCCCUUCAGACUCAAGUUAAACGAGAUAUGCAAGUGAAUACCACGAAAUUCAUGCUGCUGUAUGCCUGGUAUUCUUGGCCCAAUGUAGUUUUGUGUUUCUUUGGUGGCUUUUUGAUAGACCGAGUAUUUGGAAUACGAUGGGGCACAAUCAUUUUUAGCUGCUUUGUAUGCAUUGGACAGGUUGUUUUUGCCCUGGGUGGAAUAUUUAAUGUUUUUUGGCUGAUGGAAUUUGGAAGAUUUGUAUUUGGGAUUGGUGGAGAGUCCUUAGCAGUUGCCCAGAAUACGUAUGCUGUGAGCUGGUUUAAAGGCAAAGAAUUAAACCUGGUGUUUGGACUUCAACUUAGCAUGGCUAGAAUUGGAAGUACAGUAAACAUGAACCUCAUGGGAUGGCUGUAUUCUAAGAUUGAAGCUUUGUUGGGUUCUGCUGGUCACACAACCCUCGGGAUCACACUUAUGAUUGGGGGUAUAACGUGUAUUCUUUCACUAAUCUGUGCCUUGGCUCUUGCCUACUUGGAUCAGAGAGCAGAGAGAAUCCUUCAUAAAGAACAAGGAAAAACAGGUGAAGUUAUUAAAUUAACUGAUGUAAAGGACUUCUCCUUACCCCUGUGGCUUAUAUUUAUCAUCUGUGUCUGCUACUACGUUGCUGUGUUCCCUUUUAUUGGACUUGGGAAAGUUUUCUUUACAGAGAAAUUUGGAUUUUCUUCCCAGGCAGCAAGUGCAAUUAACAGUGUUGUAUAUAUCAUAUCAGCUCCCAUGUCCCCGGUAUUUGGGCUCCUGGUGGAUAAAACAGGGAAGAACAUCAUCUGGGUUCUUUGCGCGGUAGCAGCCACUCUUGUGUCCCACAUGAUGCUGGCCUUUACGAUGUGGAACCCUUGGAUUGCUAUGUGUCUUCUGGGACUCUCCUAUUCAUUGCUUGCCUGUGCAUUGUGGCCAAUGGUAGCAUUUGUAGUUCCUGAACAUCAGCUGGGAACUGCAUAUGGCUUCAUGCAGUCCAUUCAGAAUCUUGGGUUGGCCAUCGUUUCCAUCAUUGCUGGUAUGAUACUGGAUUCUCGGGGGUAUUUGUUUUUAGAAGUGUUCUUCAUUGCCUGUGUUUCUUUGUCACUUUUAUCUGUGGUCUCACUCUAUUUGGUGAAUCGUGCCCAGGGUGGGAACCUAAAUUAUUCUGCAAGACAAAGGGAAGAAAUAAAAUUUUCCCAUACUGAAUGAGAAGUUUAAAUGAAUGUGUCAUGAGAAUGGGCUUAACACAUCGUUGGUUUGAAAACCUCCAUUUUUAAAAAUUUAGAGUUUAGUCAUUAGAAAAAAUAAUGGACUGGAAAGUUAUAUUUAUAUCCAAAUAUACCUAUUUCAAAGUGUAUUUGUGAGGCCUGUGUUAGCCUGUGUCUUUUGUAUUGUGUGUUGCUAAAGAAUUCUACUUUUAGUAGGCUAAUCAACAAUGAAAGGGUUAGAAAAUUGCUGUGGAACAUCCAGGUGAACUUCAGGAAGGACAGUGAAAAAUGGAAAACAUUGGCGCUUCUGUUGGGAUAAUCUUCAUUAGGUAUAUAUCUUAGGGAUACAGCCUUUUCUUUAUCUUACAGCAGGAAAAAAAACUUUUGAGGGGAAUAGAAGGGCUGUGUUACACAAAAUAAACAAUGGCAUUGUCAUAGGCCUUCCUUUUAGUAGUAGGGCAUAAUGCUAGGGAAUAUGUGAAGAUGUUUUUAUGAAGUCUCUUUCUGAUCAUGACCAAUAGCUUGCACUCUAUUCUGUAGUCAUGUGGAUUGCUGAGCAAUGACCCUUUUCAGUUUAUUUCUUUGUUGCUGAGGACCCUAAUUACUUAAGGAUGUAAUUUUAUAGUAUAAACUUUCUGUACAGUUUUUCUUAUAGUCUAAUAACUAAAAAGUGUCCUUCAAAUUAUAAUCGCCUAUGUACAUGGAUAAAUUAAAACACUGCACACGGAGUA